AUGACAUCAACAUCAUGUGACUAUGAUACAGUGUCAUCGACUAGCGGUAGUAGUGGGAUUAGUAAUAGUAAUAGUUCAUCAACAGAAACACUAUUUAAAUUAGUUACCAACAAUGUAGUGAUUAAGAGAAGGAUAUUUGAAUUGGUUAGAUGGAUUAAUGUGGCGUGUAUGAUGGACUAUCGAAUCAGUCGAAACAAUCAACAGAGAAAGAGACACCAAGAUGGCGCGAGACAAGGUUGUUGUUUCGAGGUGAGCGACGCUUACAAUAGAAGAACACUCGUCUAUCAGUACUUUAUCAACCCAAUGUCUACACACGACUUGCAGUUCUCCUAUUCACUUGACCUCUUUGUACGGUACGGUCGAGGUGACUUGUUUCUCAAAAACACCAACCUGCUUAUGCCAUCACAUCUCAACGACACCAAAAGCUAUGGUAGUUUGUGGAACACUGCAACAAGAUUGGCUAAUCCUCUGGUACUGAGGUAUCUCGCCAUCCACGCCACCUUUGAUCCCAAACUAUGCAAGAACUUUUUAAGAUCAAACUAUCAUUACCGAUACAAGAUUAUUUCAACCGUUAAAUCUGGCAGACAACCAAGACCACUAAGCGAUCAAGAAGAAUCAGCCAACCGAGUAAACAUGCAGUCACUCCUAAUCAUCAUCCAAACGGCAUUCAUCUUGCACGAAAAGUAUCCAAAUGUCUUGGGAUUCAACUAUAGUUCAAAACUCACUAAAUUAAUGUUCCGACAUCCAAUCAUUUGUAAUACUCUAAUCAACCAUAUAAUUAAAUUGUAUAGACUUGAUAUGAAUAUUUUAUCCUCUUCUUCUUCAUCCACUUCAUCUUCUUCGUCUACAUCAACGGAUGAAUUAAUCAUAUUAACAUUACAAAUGUUAAAGGAAUUUAAUUUAUAUCGAUUUAAUUUGGAUGAUUUAAUAUUUAAAUGUAUUAAAUAUUCAAAGUUGGUAUUACUGGAAUAUUUGUUAACAAAUUAUGGUGGUAAUAAUUCAAUCGUUACAGGAUCACAUUUAAACUUUGCCAUUUGGAAUGGAAAUCAAGAAUGUAUUCAACUCAUUUUGAAUAGAAUCAACAACAAAGUAACUAAUUGUAAAACAUUAAAUUCAUGUUUGAAUUUAAAAAUAUUAAAUCAAAUCGAAGAGAAAGAAAAGAUACAAAAAGAAAUGGUUUUGGGAACUAUUUCAAUGGUAUUGGAUAAACUGUCACCAAAUGAUAAUGAUGGGAAAUGGUUGGUGGAUUCAAUUCAUCCAAAGAUACAAUCAAACAAAUUAUUAGAUAUCCUUUUCAACUCUGAAAAGGUUACUAUUCAACCAAAUCAAUCACGAUCACCAACAACAACAACCAAAGAAUCAAACCAACCAAUAUUAAUACCAAUCAAAUCAAAGUUAUUUGGUUCAAUUGUACAAUCAAAUAAUAUUGAUACUUUAAAAUAUUUUAAAGGUUUGGUACUUGACAAAUACAAUAACAAUAUGGUAGAGUUUGAUUAUAACCAUGCAUUUAAUUGUUGUUUAAAAAAUGAUGUAUCAUUGGAAAUACUUAAAUAUGUUUUGGAGUGUCAUGCCGAGGUUGAUUGUGAUCGUAAAGAGCAAUAUCAACUAGACUAUAUUUUGACAAGAGAUGCAAGUCAAAAUACUAUAAACAACUAUAUUGCAAUGUUAAAGUAUGUUUGGUCGGUUGGUCGGUUGAAAUUGACAUUACUCAAUCUCGAAAGAAUGUUUGAGCAUUCUAAUCAGUCACUGUACGAGUUGGUGGAUCUGGUAGACCAAACCAAACCUUUGCACCAGUAUCCAGCCGUUCAACAAACCAGAUUCCACCGACAACUAAUGCUUUGCUCAUCUAUGGAUUUGAUCGAUCGAGUGUUUACUGCAUUGUCUACCUCUGACCGUGAAAUCUUUGAAACCAUCUCGCCAUAUUGGUUACUAGGUGCCAAAGUCAGUAUCAAUGUGGAUAUUUUUAAAAGAGUUGCCAAACAGUAUACUUCUGAAAGAUCCACUAUGGGUGCUAUCAUUACCAAUCUCGUUCAACGACUCUUAAACACCAUUGACUUUUGUGUCAGACUAUUAUUCCAUCAAAAUAAUAGUAUCAAUACAAAUAAUAAUAAUAAUAAUAAUAAUAAUAAUAAUAAUAAUAGUGAUAUAAUUUGUUGGAAUAGAUCAUUAUAUAAUAUCCAAGAAGUGAUAAAGAACUGUAAAGAAUUUUUAGUCUAUAUUCAACUCAACAAAUCAUUAUUUUACAAAAGGUUUUCAUCAACGGUUUGGAUAUCGGAUGUUGUUUGA